UCCGGCGCAGAACACCACCAGAACACCAGCCAUCCGAAGUCCAAGCCGGUCGUUGACUCCUCCGCGCGCGCGUUACGUUGCUCUUGUCGAAAACACACGUAAUUGUCGUCGCCGCAGCCGCCGUAAAGUUUUUGCGAAAAAAAAAUUGAAAAAUAUAAAAUAAAAACAACCUGUAUAUCGGUGUUGGCCGCGUGCGUGUGCACCGCACGACGACGAUCCGCCGCGUGGCCGCGAAACGGAAAACACGCGCGACCGCGCGACCGUAUACGACAGCCGCGCGUAGCGCAGUAGCAAUUGGUCAUCCACCGCGCGCGUAUAUACACGGGACAUGACCGCUAUAGCAGCCGUCGUCCAGCCUGACCGCUCGUAACCGCGGCCGCGCUAUAACCGCCAAACUACACCGACCACGCUCUCUUCACUGCAAACGCCGCCGAUACAGUAGCCGCAGCAGCUAUCGUCACCGGCGCACCGUCGUCAUCACGUCGAGUCGCAAUCGCCACCACCAUGAUCACCGCAGGAAAAGCCGUUUCUCGUCACCAUCACUGGUCGUCGUCGUUCAAGUUGCUGCGUAUAAUUUAUGUACUAUCCCUGUGUAAAUAUACGUGGGCUGAACUUUGUGGCGGAAAUGGUGAAUCGCUGAAAUACUUACGGGGCGACGCUCUCAUCGAUAAUUUGGAUUGCAUCGGUCCCAAUGGUAAACCGUAUCCAGAGUCAAUAGUAGCCGGCACGUAUAGACGCACUCACAACUGGGGAUCUUCGAGGACAGGACGCGACGCUUUUCACUCUGACUCGAAACCCAGUCCCGAAACGGUACGGGAAACACUACUUAAAACCUAUAAAUUUAAUAAUCACAAUGAAGAUUACACGAUCAGUAGAACUGCCCGAGAAUAUGGAUCAACACCAGCUGCUAAUCGUGAACUAUGCCAAACACCGAACAGGCUGUGCCGCACCAGAUACAAUACAACUGCGCCCAUGUACGGUGUAUCGCUGACGUCUGGUCAACCCGUGACUAUCGUUCAAAAAUUUCCGGAUCUAUUACAGCAAGUCGUUUAUGAAGUUUGCGAAUCAAACGAGUGCGACAUGGUUAGAGGAGAGUGCACACAAACAUAUGUACCAUACUUGUUCCUGGUAAUACCUUUGGGGCCGGUGACGCUAACCGGUCAGGACUACGUGCUCGUGGAAAGCGGAUGCGUAUGCAAACCAAAGGGCUCCAGGUCCACCGCACACGAACUGGUGUCUACUAUUCCGGCAAUGCCACGUCCGUAGAGUGUGGUUUAUGUGUACACAAAGGAUAACAGCCGUUUAAAAGUCAUCGUAUUGAAGAAAUGUACCUCGCCGUUUAUACUAUAUUUAUAUCAUAAUAUAUUAUAUAUUAUUGUCGUGUACAAUAUAGUCCAUGUUAUUGUAUAUAAUAUAUUUUAUACAAUAAUAAAAUACCGUAUCAUGUUACUGUACAGUAAUAUAGAACCAAAACUAAUUUAGUCAUGAGAAUCGUUCGAAAAGACCAAACGCCUCAUUAACCCCAUGACGUAACACACCCCCUAUACAUAUACUGUAUUUUUCAUAUAUAAUAUAUCUAUUUACUCGAAUAUAAAUACUACUUACAGUGGCGUCACGAAUUUUUUUUUUUUAUUGUUUCAGUUAUGUUCACUCGUUUAUCCCUAAAAACUCAACGCCUAUAUAGGUACAUGACGUAGAUUAUUUAGUAUUAAGUCUAUACACUCACCUAAAAAACUAUAUGCAGGGGUAACUAUAGCCUGUGUAUAACCCCCCGUCGGAUAAAAAAUUCUCAUGACGCAACUGUAUAUUUUAAUAUUUUAUAUACGUAGGUACGGGAUAUAUUUUAUUGUUAUAGUGAUGAAAUUAAAAAACAUGAUUAUUAUUUAUAUAAUAUAAUGCUCAACUUAUGCAUUGGCGCCAAAUAUUUUUAAACGCAUAAACUAUAUUUAUUUUAUAAUACUACUGUAUUCAGUUUGCCUUAUUACUGUAUAGUCAAUAUUUUACUUGAACAGGUUUAUAUUGUACGAUUUUUUUUUAAAUUUAUGUGAUACUGUAAUAAUGAUAAAUUCAUUUAAUAUGUAAAAUAAUAAAUUAAGUUAAUUAAUAAUAUUAAGAUAAAUAAUCUAAAAUUUAAAUAUAUAUUAUUAUUUUUUACCAAAGUAUAUCUUGAAUUAUUAAAGAUAAUAUACUAUUAACAUUUCAACUGACCAAAAAUCAGAUUCAAUUAUCUACAUAAUAUAAAUGAUAAACAAUUUUUUUUAAUUGUAUAAGCUUGUAAAAUACUUGGUGAAAACAAAAUCCGUAAUAACAUUGAUUAUAGAGUAGACUAUAGUAUGCUAUAAUCACUAUAGAAUAGUCUAUUCUAUAAUCAAUGGUACCUAUAGUAGUAUAUAUAUAAUAGUAAUAUUGUAAUAGAGACAAUUAAUAGUUUAAACAUAAGGUGUAAGCACAUGCAUACCUAAAGAUUUUGACGAUUAUACACAUUACACAGUAUAUUACAUGUGUACAAAUUAUAUGCUCAAUAAUCUGAAGAAAUGGACAGGGUCUACAAAAAUAUCUUACUUGCGCGCAUUUAUGUAAUUUGUAAAUAUAUAUAAAACUAUAAAAGUAGUUAAUUUUAUAGGUAUAGUAAAUAAAAUUGUACAGUAGGUGCUUUUUGUAAUUUAUUAUUAAUGAAUUAUUUAUAUUAAAUUUUAUGUGUAAGCAAAUAAAAAUAAAAUGAUACUUAAUAAAA